AUGAGACCCCUGAUGUUAAAGGGUCACGACCGUUCGUUGACCCAAGUGAAGUUCAACAGGGAGGGAGACCUUCUGUUUUCUGUUUCGAAAGGUAAGGAGGCGUCUGUCUGGUACUCGUCGAACGGCGAGAGACUGGGGACCUUUGUUGGCCACAAUGGUACCAUCUGGUCUAUCGACAUCGAUCCCGAGACCGAUUACGCUGUGACUGGCAGCGCUGACUUUACUGCCAAGCUGUGGAAGGCGCAGAAUGGGCAAUGUAUUCACACAUGGACGCUGGAGUCGCCGGUUAAAAGAGUCGAGUUCAGCCCGGACGGCAACCAGGUGUUGAUAGUUACCGACCAGGUGAUGGGGCAGACGGGUAAAAUCAAGAUUUUUGACAUCGAUCACACACAGAACGCGCAACAAUCCACUCCGAAGCUGGAAAUCGUGAACGAAGAUGGCCCUGCCUCGAGAUUCACCGUGGCCGGCUGGUCGUACGGAGCAUUCUACAUUUUGGCUGCCCACGCGGACGGAAAAGUGAGCAAGUACGAUGCCAAGACGGGCGAGCUGCUAGGCAGUACGAAAAAUCAGGAAAUGUUGCUGACAGACCUGCAGUUUUCGCCCGACAAGACAUAUUUCAUUGUUUCUUCCAAGGACAAGACUGCGUGCUUGUACGACGUUGACCGCCUGUCUCUGCUCAAGCGGUACACUGCGGAUGUGCCGAUGAACUCCGCAUGCAUCACGCCGGUCAAGGAGUUUGUGAUUUUGGGAGGAGGUCAGGACGCCCGGGAGGUGACCACCACGUCGCUGUCGGAGGGUAAGUUCGAGUCGAGGUUCUACCACAAGAUAUUCGAGGAGGAAAUUGGCCGUGUAAAGGGCCAUUUUGGCCCGCUCAACUAUGUGGCCGUGCAUCCUAAAGGAACGUGCUACGCAUCUGGAGGAGAAGACGGUUUUGUGCGUCUGCACCACUUCCACAAAUCCUACUUCGAGUUCCUCUACGACGUGGAGAAAACCGCCCAGGCC